AUGCACCCUAAGGGAAAACAAUUGGAUGACAUUGAUGUUGAACUGACUCCUGUAGUAGAUAAUAGUAACCUCUUUGAGCAACUUAUUCAAGAUAUUCCACAAUCUGUAAACGAACUAACAGAUAUAUCAGACGAUGCUUCUCAAUCUGCUAAAGAGGACAACAAUACAAAAUGUAGCAAUAAGAAAAUAAUAGAAAGACAAUCUUGGACUGAUAAACAGAAACAAUUAAUUUCUAAAUAUUUUGCUGAUAAUAUAAAAAGAAAAGAGCCACCGAAACAAUCAGAUGUAAAACAAUUUAUCCAUCUAUAUCCGGAUUUCAAAGAAAGAAAAUUGACAUCCAUUAAGGCAGUCGUUUACAAUAUUUAUAGCGGCAAAUUCAAAGUCAAGUAG